AUGGGGAGUGCCACUUUCAAACCCGUCGCCUCCGCACUAUGCGAGAACACAUGCAUGUUCACGCCAAGAAGGCCAAGCAACACUCUGAGGCCACUCCGCUCUGGCGCGCCUGCCAGCUUCAGACCUGAUUUUACAGCCAAGGGCAUCAUUGAUUAUUUCGAAGUCGACGACGCAGUGCCCAUUCACCCUCAGCAGACAGCACGGCUCGACCCAUCCUGCACGAUUUCCACUUUGGCAUCCACAUCCGCAGCCACCUCCACGCCAACGAGAACUGAGGAUGGGCGGGCGGCCAUCUUUGAAGACGUGAAGGGCGAAAUCGAGGCGCAUUUUGAGCCGGCGCGGAGGGCGCAAGAUCCACUGCGCGCCAAUGCCCGCGCGGAUCGCGAGCCGUGGUUGGUGAACACGGGGUUUGGAGCGCAUCUGGACGGGUUGCUGGACGCGGAGAUCCGCUCUUCGUAUGCGCUGCCUUCAAGCGUGGAUGCAGAACUUGUUCUUGACGACGCUCCCGAGGACGCAAGCAACAGCGAUCUGCAGCGCAUCCUCGUAGCAGCCGAGCACACGCUGCGAGACGCGUACCGGUUGUGCAGCGACACUAGUGCGCGGUACAAGCUGACGCAGCAGCGUGCAAUCGCGCUCAGCCAGUUCCGGCUGGGCGAUGCAAGUGAAGAGCCGAACUCGAGAGGGUCCUACUUGCGCCGCUUCAAGAACGAAAGGACGCUGGUCAACUACUUUCGGCUGACCAAGCAGCUGCUCACGUACUACUACCGCGUCGUCUACCGGCGCGACGGCCACUUUACGAGCAACACGGAGGGCCAUUCGCUUCCGCAGGACGUGAUCAAGCCUUCUGCGGAGCAAUUGGAGGCAAUGAACGCCAUCAUCGAGGUGCUGCGCCAGCAAGAUGCGCUGGACAAUGCGAUGGCUAUGAACGAGGAGGAGGACUACGACUACCACCUUGACGCUGAGCAGCUGGACGCCAGGGCGGAGCUGGACGAGCAACUGAAGAAGGCGAUCCGCGAGCUGUUGGUAUCGGUCAUGUCCUGUGCGGUGGGAAGCCCCAUCGUUCCAGUCGGCGUUGCUGAGCUUCUGUGCAAUGGGCAGUCGAUCCUUGGUACAGCGGAUGGACUAAUAAAAUGUGUGAGGACGCUCAAGAUUUGA